AGACAACUCGCAUCACUCAUCCAUCAAUCAAUCAAUAACCGCCGGCCACCAUGACAACCUUAAAAAAUCCGACGACUCCCAUUCUCUCCCUCCUCUUCUCCGUUAUACUACCGCCACUACUGUUGUCAACUUCCGCGGCGGCGGCGGAUGCGUUCUCAGCCUACCCAUCGUCUCACCAAAACUUUUCCCAGUGCGUUAUUAAUAACUCACCAUCAGUUAACCCCAACGAUUUCUACACCCAAAAAAGUUCAAAUUUCACUUCCGUCCUAAACUCCACCGCCCAGAAUUUCAGGUUGCUUGUUAGUUCCGUCCCCAAGCCUCAACUUAUCUUCACUCCUGCUAACGAGGACCAAGUUCGGGCCGCCGUGAUAUGCACCAAACAGGUCGGGAAUCUUCAGUUCAAAGUCCGGAGCGGCGGCCAUGACUAUGAAGGUCUGUCAUACACUUCCUCACAGAAGACGCCUUUCGUGAUCGUCGAUCUCUCUAAACUACGGCGUGUGGACGUCAAUCUGAACGGUAAAACGGCAUGGGCUCAGGCGGGGGCGACAAUGGGGGAAGUUUACUAUAAAAUCUCGAAUGCAAGCAAAGGCAGUCUUGCUUUUCCGGCGGGGCUCUGCUCGAGCCUGGGCGUCGGCGGCCACAUUACCGGCGGAGCCUACGGUCCGCUCAUGAGGAUGUACGGGCUCGGUGCGGACAACGUAUUGGAUGUACGGAUGGUGGACGCGGAGGGGAAAGUUCUGACCCAGCAAUGUAUGGGUCCGGACGUGUUCUGGGCAAUCAGGGGCGGCGGCGGCGGCAGCUUUGGUGUCAUACUCGCGUGGAAGUUAAAGCUGGUGACGGUUCCAAAAACCGUCACCGUCUUUACUGUUCCUAAGACUCUGGAACAGGGGGCGUCGGAUGUUUUCAUGCAGUGGCAAAACGUCACCGCCACGCUCCCCAAUGAGCUCUUCAUAAGGGUAGUCAUUUCACCGGCGGCUGCUGCCGGAAAAAAUAAGACGAUCCAAACCACCUACAAUGCCAUGUUUCUCGGACCCGCAGACAGACUGGUGGAGAUCAUGACCCAGAAAUUCCCGAAACUGGGACUAACGGAACAGAACUGCAACGAGACGAGCUGGAUUAAAGGCAUGAUGUACACCAUCUUCGGUUUCCCGACGACCUUCCCGCCGGAAUAUCUCCUGGAAGGGAAGCCUCUGUUCCAGAACUUCUUCAAGGCCAAAUCCGACUUCGUCAAAACUAAUAACCCCAUUCCAGCAAAAGGCCUGGAGGGGCUGUGGGACCGUAUGCUGCAAGAGGACUCCCCGCUCGUGAUACUCACCCCGUACGGGGGCAGGAUGGCGGAGAUCGACGAAACCGCCAUCCCGUUCCCGCACAGGAAGGGAGUCCUCUGCAUGAUCCAGUACGUGACCACGUGGAGCGUCGACGGCGGAGCCGCCUUCGAGGCAAAGCACAUGGCGUGGAUUAGGGAUGUGUACAAUUACAUGGCACCAUUCGUGUCCACGGGGCCGAGGGAAGCGUACGUGAACUACAGGGAUCUUGAUCUGGGGAAAAACAACAAUGCUGCUUCUGAUAUACCCGACCACGUAGCGAAGUUGUGGGGAAACAGAUAUUUCAAGCAAAACUUCCAGAGGUUGGUGAAAGCCAAGUGUAUUGUUGAUCCCGGAAACUUUUUCCGGCAUGAACAGAGCAUCCCCCUCCCGUUGAACUGUUCAGCCGUGCACUAGUUACGUUCUUCUGGCCGGCCCGUAGUAACCACGGCCUAAACGUAACAAAUAGUUUGUCACAGAACCGAUCCGAUCGAAUACUUUUCUACGCUGCUUCAUUUUCAUCCUCGGGUCUAAUUUAAUUUCUUGCAUUGUACACUUUACUUCCUUUGCACGCUAUGUCAUUUUAAAUGAAACAGUACUUAAUUGCAUUAUACUCCG